UUCCAGCCCCUGUUCUGUCCCCUCUGGCCACUGGUAAUUGCGUGGGGGAAGAGGCAGAUUCCAUUCCUUCGUUAUCAUUUAUUAAUAACUAUUCCCCUCCAGCCCCUUCUCCACCUCCACGCACUCGCCACCGCAGCCAUGGAAAUCCCUGCUGAGGGCUAUAAAAUACAGAGGCAGGGGAGGGGGAAGCCAGACCCUUCUCGGCCACCCCACUGUGGAGCAACCUGCCUCUGCUUCAACUGGAGCCGAGAGAACCUGCCUGGAAAUGAAGGUCACCUCCUUAGCCCUGACAACGCUGCUCCUUGCCGCUCUCUGGACGGAAGCCCACUGCGAUUCCUUCAUCAGCCAGAGCAACACAUGCUGCAUGAAAGAUAAUUUUGUUCCCAGAAGAAUUUCUCCAAAACACAUCAAAAGUUGCAGACCCACAGGUCCUAACUGCUCCCGCCAGGCCGUGAUAGUGAUGCUCACGAAGGGGAAGGAAGUCUGUGUUGAUCACAGUAAGAUAUCACUGGCUAAAUGUCAAGGAAAGCAAGAAAAAUCACGUAAAGACAUCCAGACUGUGCAGCUGGACAAGAACUCAAUGUAAUGCUCCCCAUUAUUGACACGGACUGAUGUGCAUCAUUGCACGGUUUAGAGAAGCUAUUUUUCUAGCCCUGUUUAUUUAAGGAGAACCCCUCCCACUCCCUCCAUCCCUUCUGUGUCCUUUGUCCCCCAGUGACUGUGUGAUGGGGAAGAGACCCCCUGCCAACACCACUGUCAUUCUUUGCAGAUACAAUAAA